GUCUUGUGGAAAACACACACAAAUUCUGUGACAACUGACUUUAUUUGAAUUUCAAAUAAAAAAAAAUCUGACGUUUAAAGUGACGUAGAAUUUUAAUUUUAUAUAUUUAGAAUUCAAACAAUUUUGUUUUGUUUUUGUUAAGAAAAAAAAAAAGAAAACAUGUUUUCCAAAUUGACAACCAGAUUGGCACCCCGUAUCUGUGCAAACACUGUCACUGCCAACGCUACCACCAGCAGACAAUUGACAUCCCAAGAUGUUUUUAAACGCGAAGAUAAAUACGGUGCUCACAAUUAUCACCCCCUACCAGUGGCCUUAACAAAAGCCGAGGGCGUUUUCGUUUGGGAUGUUGAGGGCAAACGUUAUUAUGAUUAUUUAAGUGCUUAUUCGGCUGUCAAUCAAGGCCAUGGUCAUCCCAAAAUCGUCAAAGCUCUGGUGGAACAAGCCUCCAAAUUGGCCUUGACUUCACGUGCUUUCUACUCUGAUGUUUUGGGAGAAUACUCAGAAUACGUUACCAAACUGUUCAAAUACGAAAAAGUAUUGCCCAUGAACACUGGCGUUGAAGGUGGUGAAACCGCCUGCAAAUUGGCCAGAAAAUGGGCCUAUACCAAGAAGAACAUUCCCAAGAAUCAAGCUAAGAUCGUCUUUGCCGAAAACAAUUUCUGGGGCAGAACUUUAUCAGCUGUAUCAGCUUCUACCGAUCCCAGCAGUUUUGAAGGUUUUGGACCAUUUAUGCCUGGUUUUGAAAUCAUCAAGUACAAUGACACCCAAGAAUUGGAGAAAGCUUUGCAAGAUCCCAAUGUCUGUGCCUUCAUGGUGGAACCCAUUCAAGGUGAAGCUGGUGUUGUAGUACCCGAUGAGGGUUAUUUGAAGAAGGUACGUGAGCUUUGCACCAAAUACAAUGUUUUGUGGAUUGCCGAUGAGGUGCAAACCGGUUUGGCUCGUACUGGCCGCAUGUUGGCUGUCGAUCAUGAAGAAGUCCAGCCCGAUAUUUUGAUUUUGGGCAAAGCUUUGUCCGGUGGCAUGUAUCCCGUGUCCGCUGUUUUGUGCAAUGAUGACAUUAUGCUGUGCAUUAAGCCCGGAGAGCAUGGUUCCACUUAUGGUGGCAAUCCUUUGGGUUGCAAAGUAGCCAUGGCUGCUUUAGAGGUUUUGCAAGAAGAAAAGUUGGCUGAGAAUGCUGAUAAAAUGGGUGCUCUCUUAAGAAAGGAAUUGUCUUCAUUGCCCAAGGAAAUAGUGUCCAUUGUCAGAGGCAAAGGUCUUUUGAAUGCCAUAGUCAUUAACUCAAAACAUGAUGCCUGGGAUGUUUGCUUGAAAUUGAAGGAUAACGGUUUGUUGGCCAAACCCACUCACGGUGACAUUAUUCGUUUUGCCCCUCCUUUGGUCAUCAAUGAAGCCCAAAUGAUGGAAAGUGUUGAUAUUAUCAAGAAAACCAUUUUGUCUAUGUAAACUCUGACUGAAAUCUUCUUUUUGUACCAAAAGCAUUUAAAAAACAAAACAAACAAAUAGAAAUUUAAGUUAAAACUCCAAAACAUAA